UCUAAAGGCCGGGUAUCACGUUGGCAGGAAUUGGAAAUGGCAGUGUUCAAUAAAGGAGGAGAGAGAAGAGAAAUCACAAGCUACAGUGACUGGAUGUCUCAACUACCUCCUGAGCUUCACAACAUUUACCUCUUCAAGCUGGCCAUACCAGGUAGCCACGACUCAAUGAGCUACGAUCUGGACAUCAACUCCUCUAUAAUAGAGCCUGAAAGACUGAAAAUACUUAGCAAGAUUUAUUGUGCCCGGAAAAUCGUGCGCAGAUGGGCGGCCACCCAGGAGGAGAACAUCACAAAGCAACUGGAUGCUGGCGUUCGCUACUUUGACAUGAGGAUCGCCCGCAAGCCCAAUGACACCAAUCCCACCAGGCUCUUCUUUUAUCACGGCCUGUACACGCGGACUGAUGUGGAGACUGUUCUCAAGGGGAUAAAGGACUGGGCAGAGAGGCACCCCAAAGAGAUCCUCAUCCUGGCUCUAUCCCACUUCAAAGAGACUGAUGAGCGUCUCCACAUCCAUCUCAUCAACUUCAUCAAGACCUUGUUCAGAACCAAACUCUUCCUCAGAACGGAAAUCCCAACCCUGAAGAGAUGCUGGGACAAAGGCAGGAACAUCAUAGUUUCAUAUGAUUAUCCAAAAUGUCAUGACAUCGAACUGUGGAGUAAAAUCCCAUAUUUCUAUGGUGGAAGCAUGGAUACCACAAAGGUUGAAUCAGAACUAUGCCAUGCUUUGGAAAAGAGAAGACCUUCUCAUAGUUUCUUCGUGUGUGGCUUGAACCUGACACUGCCAGAAGAUGUGAGGAUACUCAGGUACAUCCUCCGCCUUUGUGACAACCUUGCAAACACUAUCCAGCGGAGUCUGCCCAGGCUGCUGCAGUGGAUGAAGGAGCAAGCCGCCAAAACUCCGGUGAACAUCGUUGCCUCAGACUUGGUGACUCGUGACGACUUUGUCCCGAUAAUUGUCAAACUAAAUAUUCAGAAAGAGUAGAGAGCACAGUAGGGUUUCUAUCAUGUCAUUUUUGUAGCUAUAUUUAAAGGUACAGUGUGUAGAAAUUGGAAUAUUCAGCAAUAUCUAGUGAACUGAUCCAGACUGAAGCGCUCCCUUGUUCACCCCUCCUGUCUGUGAAGUGACGGUGACCUGGAGGACAAGAAGCUCCUGUGAGCAUGAUGAGUAUGAUCCUCUAUUUGUCAGGUUUUUACCAUCUAAAAUUAUCAAUACAAAUGAUUUUGACACCAACCAUUGUCUUCUUCUGCUUCAUCUUGGUACUGGUGCAUUUCAUGCAGCCAAUCAAUAAACACAA